CAAGAAAGACAGACUGCACUGAAACUAAACAGCUGAGAGCUACAAUGGAUGAAGUGAGAAUUGUUCUGUUGGGUAAGCAAGGAACAGGAAAGAGUGCAUCAGGAAACACUCUUCUGGGUGAUGAACGAUUUAAAUCUGAAGUCCACGCAGAUCGAGUAACCCGGCUCUGUUCAGUGGAAACAUCCACUGUGGACAACCAAAGCAUCAUAGUGGUUGAUACACCUGGAUGGCCUGAUUCUUUGUCUGAGACUGAAAUCAAACAGGAGAUCAUGAAAUGCAUUGACAUGUGCAGUCCUGGACCUCAUGUGUUUCUCCUGGUGUUGCCCAUCGGCAGGUCUACCGGUGAAGAGAUAAACACAGUCAAGGAUAUAAUGAAAGAGUUUGGGAAUGAAGCUUUUAAACACAUGAUAUUGCUGUUCACCAGAGGAGAUGAUCUAAAGGGGAAGUCCAUUGAAGACUUCCUGGAAAACAUACACCAAGACUUGAAGAAUAUACUUGAGAAAUGCUUAGGAGGACACCAUGUGUUCAACAACAGAGACAAAAGCAAUCAAAGUCAAGUCUCUUCUCUACUGCAGAAGAUCAAUCACAUGGUGGAUAAAAAUGAUAAAAGCUAUUACACAAAGAUUAUGGAUCAAAAUGUCAAAGACCAACAGAGAGAAGAUGAGGAAUGUUCAACAACAGCAGAGAAUUUGGCACCAAACAAAGACUUUGCUGAAUGUACAAAAUUAGAGUCAGAGAAAAAAGGAAGAAAAGAAGAUGAAAAAGAGGGGCCUUUUAAAAAAGAAGAGGAAGAAAGUAAAAUAAUGCUUCGGUCAAUAAAUAGAAAAACACCAGUUGAAGAACUGGAACAGCCGAUCAAUAGUAUUGAACAGCAAUUGACAGAAUUAAAAAAAUAUAAUCAGGAUAAACAAAAUGAAAAUUUCGAUGGACAAAUAGGAGAAAUAGAUGAAAAAGAAACUGAAAUGAUGCUUUGGUGGAAAUAUAUAAAAACAUUAGUUGAAGAACAUGAACAGCGGAUCAAUAGAAUUGAACAGCAGUUGCCAGAAUUUAAAAAAUACAAACAAGAUAAACAAAAUGAAUAUUUGGAAGGACAUCUGGGAGAAAUAGAUGAGAAAGAAAGUAAAAUGCUUCUCAUUGGGGAUGAGGACAAUACAUCCGCUAAAGACCUUAAACAGCUGGUCUAUAAUCUGAAGCUUGAAUUAGAGAAAAACCAACAGGACACAAAUAGAAAACUGUAUGAAUAUUUGGAUAAACAUCUAGGAGAAAUAAAUAAUGUGCUUAGUGAAAUAAGAGGGAAAGUCACAAAAAAAGAUGAAGAAGAUGAGUUACUACACUCUAAGAAAGGAUGUGUUAGAAUGAAAAUGGAUCCACAACCUAAAGUACGAAUUAUCCUUGUUGGGAAAACAGGGUCUGGGAAGAGUGCUACAGCAAAUACCAUCUUUGGAAAGGAGGUUUUUCACGAAGAUGUAAGCUUUAAGUCUGUGACUCGGCACUGUCAGAAGGCUUCAGAAAAUAAUGGUGAUAACGAAAUCACAGUGGUGGACACUCCUGGAUGGUGUGAUACAGACCUAUCUGAAGAAGAGCUCACAGAAGAAACGGCUAAGUGCAUUGACAUGUCCUACCCUGGACCUCAUGUCUUUCUCUUUGUUCUUCGUAUUGGUCGUUUCACAGAGGAAGAGAAAAAAACGGUCCAGAAAUUACAGGAGAUCUUUGGUGAAGUUGCCAUCAAAUACACAAUGAUUCUGUUCACAAAAGGAGACGAUCUGAAGUGCAAAAGUAUUGAUGAGUAUUUAAGAGAAGCCCCAGCAGAUCUCAUAGCUUUAGUUGAUCAGUGUGAAGGCAGAUAUCAUGUUUUCAACAAUAGAGAUAAAAGCCGUCACCAAGUGUCAAAACUUCUUGAGAAGAUACAAGAUAUGGUGGAAAAUAAUAAUGGUCAGUACUUUUCCAGCACAACAUACCAAUUAUUGAAGAAAUACAAAGAACGAGAAGCCGAAUUACAAAAGAAAAUUCAAGCUGCAGAGAAAGAGAAGCAAGACAGAAAGAAUGAGUACAAAAACAUGAUGGAGGAGCAGGAGCGCCUAAAGCAGAGAGAGUCAGAACUACAGGAACUAAUUAAAUUUAGGCAAUUCAUGGACAGCUUUGCCAUGAUGUCUAUGAUGAAUCGAGAUGAAAUGGUUCAAAUGUCAAGGCAGUUGCAGAUGGAAAAGGCUGAAAAGGAAGCAUGGUUAAGACAAUAUCUCCAAGAAAGGGGAAGAUUGUUACAACAGACAGACUGCACUGAAACUAAACAGGUUUUUUUAUUUGAACUUUUUCAGCUAAGAGCUACAAUGGAAGAAUUGAGAAUUGUUAUGUUGGGUAAGCAAGGAGCAGGAAAGAGUUCAUCAGGAAACACUCUUCUGGAUCAAAACCUGUUCCACACUGCCGCCCACACUGAUCGAGUAACUCAGACCUGUUCAGCGCAAACAUCCACUAUAGGCCAGGAAAAGAUCACAGUGGUUGAUACACCUGGAUGGCCUGAUUCUUCAUCUGAGACUGAAAUCAAGCAGGAGAUCAUGAAAUGCAUUGACAUGUGCAGUCCUGGACCUCAUGUGUUUCUCCUGGUGUUGCCCAUCGGAAGAUUUACUGAUGAAGAGAUAAAAACAAUCAUAGAUAUUAUGACUGAAUUUGGCCCUGAAGCUAACAAACACAUGCUACUGCUGUUCACCAGAGGAGACGAUCUGGAGGAGAAGUCCAUUGAAGACUACCUUAAAAAUACACAAGAGGACCUGAAGAAUAUACUUGAGAUGUGUUCUGGAUAUCAUGUGUUCAACAACAGAGACAAAAACAAAAACAUUCAAAGUCAAGUAUCUUCUAUUUUACAGAAAAUCAACCGUAUGGUUGAAAACAAUGCUAAAAAGUGUUACACAAAGACUAUGUAUCAAAAUAAAGAUCAACGAAGAGGACAAGAGGCAGGGAGGAGAAAAGAGGAGAAUUUGGCACUAAGCAAAUAUGCUACUAAACAUAAAAAUACAGAAACAAAGAUGGGGAAAUACAGUGAAAUGAAUGAGAAAAGAGAAAAACAAAGCCAAAUAAGAGAAGUGAGGAAACAGAUUGAUAAAGAAGAGAGAGACACUGAAAUAGUGAUGCCCAUGAAUAAAAUAUCUAGCAAUGAUAGUAAGGGAGCACAUAGGCAAGAUUAUAAUAGAGUUGAGCACAUAUCUGUUGAUAGAAGGGACAUUGAGAUGAUGUUAGAAUUACAGAGAACCAAUAGUGAUAAACUUAAAAAAUUGUCAGGGCGUGUAGCAGGUGUGGAAAUGUGUCUACAAGAAAUAAAAAAUAUGCUUGGUGAAAGACUGAAUCAAGAGAAAAAAACAAACAAACCACAGAACCUACUGCUCCUGGCAGAUCAGGUCUAAUAUCUAGCCCCUUUAGAAGGCGUUAGUUAUAAAGGGAUUUGCACGAUUCUUAGCAUUUUUCAGGAGAUCUUCCCUCAGUGCCUGCAUGAUGUUCAGGGAGGGCACAACAUGAUCAAUGGGCACACUAAACCUAACCUUCACUUCUCUCAGCUUAUAACAUUUACCCUAACACUUUUACCCAUUACUUAUUAAAAUCAACCCCUUCUUAAAGCAUAACUAAACCCCUGGUCAGAGCCUGACUCCGCCCACUGGCAAUAUUUGAAAAAUGCAA